UUUUUUUUUUUUUUUUCAAAAAUACGUUGGAGAUAUUUGUUGAUAACAAAUUAAACGAUGAAUUAUGCAAACGAUGGAAGUCCAAGAAAGAGUGGGAAAUGAGGUUGCAGCUAGUAGUUCCCAUCUGCUCUCUUCCACCCAUCGCCGUUGCCAAAGCUCACAAUCAAACUCCAUUGAAAUCAAGCUCCAUUACCAUCUCCUCAUCUCCUCUUCCAUUUCACACUCUUUCAGAACGAACCCACAUUCCCUCUCAUGUCUACAGGCACCCAGCCGCUGUUCUUCUCGAGCUCUGCACUUCCAUGAAAGAGCUCCACCAAAUCAUCCCUCUGGUUAUCAAAAAUGGCCUCUACAACGAGCACCUUUUUCAAACAAAGCUCGUUAGCUUAUUCUCCAAGUAUGGCAGCAUCAACGAGGCCGUUCGUGUUUUCGAGCCGAUUGAGGACAAGCUUGACGCUCUUUACCAUACAAUGUUAAAAGGAUAUGCGAAGAAUUCGUCAUUGGAGACUGCUCUUGCUUUCCUUUGUCGAAUGAGGUACGAUGAUGUUAAGCCUGUUGUGUAUAAUUUUACUUAUUUGUUAAAGGUUUGUGGCGAUAACGCGGAUUUAAAGAGGGGAAAGGAGAUUCAUGCGCAGCUGAUUACGAAUUCGUUUGGGGCUAAUGUGUUUGCAAUGACUGGUGUUGUGAAUAUGUACGCUAAGUGCAGGCAGAUUGAUGAUGCAUACAACAUGUUCGACAGAAUGCCUGAGAGAGAUUUGGUGUCUUGGAAUACAAUUAUAGCUGGGUUUUCUCAAAAUGGGUUUGCCAAAAAGGCAUUGGAGUUGGUUUUGAGAAUGCAAGAUGAAGGCCGAAGGCCUGAUUCGAUUACAUUGGUUACUGUUUUGCCUGCUGCUGCUGAUGUUGGAUCGUUAAUGGUGGGAAAGUCUAUUCAUGGGUAUGCCAUCAGAGCUGGGUUUGCAAAGCUUGUUAAUAUUUCAACUGCUCUGGUUGAUAUGUACUCAAAGUGUGGGUCAGUGGAGACAGCUAGAUUGAUUUUUGAUGGAAUGCAUCAGAAGACUAUUGUGACAUGGAACUCCAUGAUGGAUGGAUAUGUGCAAAGUGGUCAAUCAGAGAUGGCUAUUGUAGUUUUUGAGAAGAUGUUGGAGGAAGGGAUAGAGCCAACCAAUGUAACCAUUAUGGAAGUAUUGCAUGCCUGUGCUGAUUUGGGUGAUCUUGAGAGGGGUAAGUUUGUUCAUAAGUUUGUGGAUCAGUUAAAUCUUGGUUCUGACAUCUCUGUUAUGAACUCGUUGAUUUCUAUGUAUUCCAAGUGUAAGAGAGUUGACAUUGCAUCUGACAUUUUCAACAAUUUAAAUGGAAGAACACGAGUCUCAUGGAAUGCAAUGAUAUUGGGUUAUGCUCAAAAUGGAAAAGUGAGUGAGGCUUUGAAUUGUUUUUUUGAAAUGCAAUCUCUAGGUAUGAAACCUGAUUCAUUUACAAUGGUAAGUGUGUUACCUGCGCUUGCAGAAUUAUCAAUUACUCGUCAAGCAAAAUGGAUUCAUGGACUAGUUAUUAGAUAUUGCUUGGACAAAAAUAUUUUUGUGACGACCACUCUUGUCGACAUGUAUGCAAAAUGUGGAGCGAUUCAUAUGGCAAGGAAGCUUUUCGACAUGAUCGAUGACCGACAUGUCAUAACAUGGAAUGCAAUGAUAGAUGGGUAUGGAACACAUGGACUCGGAAGAGUUGCUCUAGAUCUCUUUGAUAAAAUGCAAAAGGGAACAAUUGAGCCAAAUGAUAUUACAUUUUUAUCUGUCAUCUCUGCUUGUAGUCACUCAGGUCUGGUGGACGAAGGACUCCGUUAUUUCAAGAGCAUGAAACAAGACUAUGGAUUAGAGCCUUCAAUGGAUCACUAUGGUGCUAUGGUCGACCUUCUUGGUCGAGCUGGCAGGAUCAAAGAAGCCUGGGAUUUUAUUAAAAACAUGCCUAUUAGUCCAGGGAUUACUGUGUAUGGUGCCAUGUUGGGUGCUUGUAAAAUUCAUAAAAAUGUUGAAUUGGGAGAGAAAGUAGCUAACAAAUUGUUUGAGUUGAACCCUGAUGAGGGUGGCUACCAUGUAUUGCUCGCUAAUAUUUAUGCUUCUGCUUCAAAAUGGGGCAAGGUAGCUGAAGUAAGAAAAACAAUGGAGAAGAAAGGGCUUAAGAAAACUCCUGGUUGCAGCUUGGUAGAAUUGAAAAAUGAGAUCCAUUCCUUCUAUUCAGGAAGUACAACUCAUCCACAAUCCAAGAGAAUAUACGCCUUUCUUGAGAAACUUGGGGAUGAAAUCAAGGCAGCUGGCUAUGUGCCCGACACUAACUCCAUUCACGACGUGGAAGAUGACGUGCAAGAGCAGCUUCUUAAUAGCCAUAGUGAGAAGCUCGCCAUUGCUUUCGGUCUUUUAAAUACUAGUCCUGGUACUACAAUACAUGUCCGAAAGAACCUACGAGUAUGUGGAGAUUGCCAUAAUGCAACCAAGUAUAUCUCACUUGUGACUGGAAGGGAGAUCAUAGUAAGAGAUAUGCAAAGAUUUCAUCAUUUCAAGAAUGGAACUUGUUCUUGUGGAGAUUAUUGGUGAUCUCUAAAUCUACAAUUCUUCAAA